UUUGUUCUGACAAGUUGGUGCUACAAACGAUUGUUAUAGAAAUUUGGAAAAUUACCCACUUUUAUUGUUAAACAAUUCUGCAACGUGCCAUUAUUAUAUUCUAUUAACUUUCAUGUCAGUCAAAACAGCAUUGCGUCUAUACCUGGUCAAAUUAUCCUUACUGGUAUUGUUCGUAUAUGUAUACAGUAUCGAUACUGUACAUCAUAUAUGAUAUUUUCACCUGUUUCGUGAUGUAAACAAACAGAUCAUUAUUCAUUAUGACUUCUACCAGAAAAUCAUCUGUAACGUGGAAGAUACCAUCGAUACAUCGCUCACAGAUCAGUCCAAGAACUCAUAGAAAAGAUGUGGAGACACCAUCAGAUUUAUACGAGUAUUCUAAUACAUUUGAGGAAUCAUCCCAUGAAGGCCAGCCAGAUUAUUCAAAUACUUUUGUAGAAGAUUCUUAUUCUGACACAUUUAUCUCUGGAAGCUCUCAAAGUCUUUCCAAAUCCCAUUCUGAAAGCAGGAAGGGAAAUUAUUCUCAUGGUUCCAGUUUAACUGGCCAGAUAAAACAUUAUUCAAAUGCAUUUUCUUCUGGUAUUAAGCCAAAGAAAGACUAUUCUGUUUCAUUUGAAGAUUCAGAUACAUCAAUACAGGAAGUCACACAUCUUGAGACAGCUAAAAAUGUGACCGAUGUAUUAGAAACUGUUCAUGAAGUUGAAUCAAGAACAGAAGACUUUGAACAUUCAACAGACAGUGAUCAAGAAAUUUCAGACACACAUCCACCAGAAACUUACACAGAUACCUUUGAAUCUGAUGAAAGAACAAUGGCAGACACACCGUAUGAUACAACCGAAACUUCAGAUGUACAAAAAACAUCUUACUCAGAAACAUACUUUCAAUCAUUAGUUGAAUCCACAUACAGUGAAGAAGAUAGUUUACUAGAUCAUUCCUUCAUAGCACCUGAUCGUAACUGUAAAUCUUUGACAGAUGAGGAAGAUGAGACAGAUGUUGAGGACUCAUACAAGGAGGAUUUCAGCUACAGUUACACAUUUGAGCCCACUGAAACUGUUACAAGUCAUGCUCAAACAAGACAGUCUCAGCUAAGCAUUGAAGAGGAACAAGAAACAGAGUUUGUAAAGAGAAAGUUCAUGAGGAAAAUGGUGGAGAAAAUGAAACAGAAAUCUGACACCUUCAAGAAGAUGGAGACCUUGCCAGCAGAACAUGAACGAGUUCCAGAAGAUGACUAUCUCAGACACUUUUGUAAGAAGAAAAUUAAAAUGCUGAAGACAAGGAGAAAAAUGGCAGGCAAGGUGGCCAAAGAAGAGCCUGUAGAAGCCCAGGUUGUUACCAAAGACACCAUGUUGGCAGACUAUGGAAUACCAGAGUCAGUGAUGGAGAGACUUCGCAUCAAAAAUAUCAUCUCUGCUAUGGAAAAGGCUGCAAAUGAACCCAUCCAUGAGCCAAGAAAAUGUCCCCAAUGCAGUUAUCGGAAGACUGAUCUUGACACAGAGGAUGCAGAGAGAAAAUUUGUCACCGCCCAGACUAUGAGGCUGAAGAAUAAGAUUAUGGAUAACAGAGUGGAGGAACACAUUAUUAAAAUGAACACUGUGUCUCUGGUUGCUGAACUUGCCAGGGAUUUGCCAAGACAUUCAGAGAAACCAGAGAAGAUUCUUGACAAACUCCUUGAGCCGCUACUGGGCAAAAAUGUUAUGAGAUAGCAAGCCUGUGUUAUCUAUUAAUUUUGAAAGAUCCUCAUAAUUACUGUGAUAAAAAAUAUAACAUUAUAUUUCAAACUUUGUAUUUUGCUAAUUUAUGUGUUUUUAUAUUUACAUAGAAAUUUAUUUAUAUUACAUAAUUAUAUAAAAUAUUAAAUCUGCUUUGUUGUG